AUGGACCGGGGGUUGUGGGUUCCUGCUGCAGGGCUGCUGACCUUGCUAUGCUGCACUCUGGGGCUCGUUCAGGGGGAGAAGGUGCUGGUCAUGCCUGUGGACGGGAGCCACUGGCUCAGCAUGAAGCUUCUGGUCAAGGAGCUCUCCCGUAGGGGCCACGAGAUGGUCGUCUUGGUGCCAGAAACCAGCCUUGUGAUCCAGGGUUCAGACACCUUCAGAACCGAGGUCUUCCAAGUGCCCCACAAGAAGGUUGAGCUGUUGGCGGUCAUAGACCGCCUGAAGGACGACGGGUUCUCCAGGAGACCACAGCUCACUGACAUUUUCACUAGUGUGAAGCAGAUGGUGAACGCCACCUAUAUUCAGGUGAAAGCAUGCGAGAGCCUGCUCUACAACCAGCCCCUCAUGGAGAGACUACGGGGGGAAGGGUUCCAGCUCAUGCUCACAGACCCUUUCCUCCCCUGUGGCUCCAUCCUGGCCAAAACCUUCUCUAUGUUAAAUAAACACAUGUAA